UUCACCCCAAGCUUAGUUCUCACUUCAUUCAAACAAUGGCUGCGGUAGAGUUUCUGAAUAUUUUUACGAUGUAAUAUUAACUCGAUUUUCCACCUCUUCUAGCUUGUAGCCAUGUUCAAGAUUGGCCUUAAGAGAAAUAGAAUAUUUCUACUUGCUGUGGUGGUUUUAAGUCCUUUUAUGUACCACGUAAUUCAGGAGGAAAGACGAGGUCACUUUACGCAGCCUACAUUCUCCAUGGAUCCAGAAUUGCUCCAAAGGAUUCAAGACCUAAGGGAAAGACUACGGAAUGCCGAAUUUCAAAAUUCUGCCAGAUCUCAUGAACUUAUUUCUCUUCAAGCUCAAUUAUCUCAAUUGAUAUCAAGCCAUUCCAGAACUAAUCAAAAACAGCUAAACACUAGCAAUAAUAAUAAUGCAAUGAUGGUAGCUGAUAGCUCGUCAUUGAAUUUACCUAGUAUUUAUCAUUUAAUGCCGCAUUUGAUGGACCAUCCUGACAGCCUUGUACCAGCUCUUCAAGUUAGUAAAGAUAGAGUUGGAGUAUCACUUGUUUUUGGGAUUCCAACCAUUAGAAGGCAGAAAUCAUCUUACUUAUUGAAUACUAUAGCAUCUUUGCUAGAUGGAAUGUCUCAAGAAGACAAAGAUGACACUGUUAUUGUAAUAUUUAUAGGAGAGACAAACCCAUCUUAUACCAAGGAGAUCUCUGAUGCAGUGACUAAGAGAUUUCCAUUAGAAAUUGGGGCAGGCCUCAUUGAGAUUGUUGCACCACCUAGCACCUUCUAUCCAGACCUCAACAAUGUGCCAUUAACAUUUGGAGACUCUAGAGAGAGAGUCAAAUGGAGAACAAAGCAAAAUCUUGAUUUUUGUUUCUUGAUGAUGUAUUGUCAAAAGAAAGCAAGAUUUUAUAUACAGCUAGAAGAUGACAUUGUAGCAACACCAACUUAUGCUCACACUAUCAAGACCUUUGCCCUUCAACAGGACAGCAACCGUUGGUUUAUGCUGGAAUUUUCAUCUCUUGGUUUCAUAGGCAAGCUGUUCCGCAGUUCUGAUUUGACCAAACUGAUUGAGUUCUUCCUGCUGUUCUACAAGGACAAGCCUGUGGACUGGCUUCUUGACCACAUCUUAUGGGUCAAAGUUUGCAAUCCAGAGAAAGAUGCUGCUCACUGCAACAGAGAGAAAUCUCAGCUAAGGAUUCGCUUCAAGCCUUCUUUAUUCCAACAUGUUGGGAAAGAAUCAUCUUUGAAAGGGAAAAAACAAAAUUUGAUUGAUAAAGAUUUUAAGAAAGCACCUUUAUUCCAAGCUCAUCUCAACCCCAAGGCUCAAGCCAUAACCACACUAGAGAGCUAUCAGAAGUUCACAAUAGAUAGGACUUAUAUGGGCCAGACCUUCUUCUGGUGUUACCCUCCACAUAUGAAUGAUGUCAUACGUAUUACAUUUGACGAGCCAAUCAGUAUACAAAGCUUUCGUUUCAAGUCUGGUAACAAUGAACAUCCAGGAGAUAUUCUACUCAAUGCUACUGUUGAGGUGUUAACAUUAGAAUCUAGAAAGGCAGCUAAAAGAUUACCAGGCCUACCUGCAGGUGCAUCUCCAGAAGCAAAAAAGAAUUACACAAGAAAUGAGUACCCCCUGUCUGCUUACACAACAGUGGGGCAAUUUAACAGUUAUGGGUUAGCUGAAGGAACAGUAUCUAAAAAUCUUGAUAAGGUUGUGGAGCUAAGAAUACGAAUCCUGACACAUCAGAGUCCAAACUGGAUUAUUAUUAGUGAGAUUCAUAUAUUGCCCAGAAAGAGUAGCUGACCAACUGACAGUUACCUGAAUUCAAAAUAUUUUAAAUAUUAAAUUUUCUAGGCUUGUAUGCAUUUUUUGUAUACAUUUUUGAAUUUCCAACUUCAUGAUGAAAUAGAGGCAUUUUGUUACAUCUUAUUUGCUGGCUCUGUUUCAUAAUUUCGAAGACAAAUAAUCAAAAAAUCAUUGCCAUAGUUUGCAAAUGUGAUGAAAAUGGAUCAUUCCAAAAACAAAGAAAGAAUUCAAUUGGAUAAGACUGCCAUGUUGGUUCAAGUUCGUAUUGGAAAGGUAUAGAAAAAAAAUAUCCCUGGUUCAAUAGACUCUCUAAGGUAGUGUGAGGGCUCACUCUAGAACCCAAAGUAUGGUACAAGAAAAACAGUUUAAACAGACCUCUUUUAUAGCUUAAAAAAUCCUUGAAUAAUUAAUGACCUUAGAACAAUAGAAAAUCACUACAUGAAGGCAUCUUUAAACCCUGAUACAGAAUUCGUCCUGAUUUGCAUAAGAUUGAUUUUGAAAUAAUCUCGGCCAAAUUACAUAUGAUAUUAAAACUUUUACUCUAAAAAAGAAGCAUUAAUCUAGAAAUUUAAAUGAAAAGUAAUAUACAAAAGAUUGUUCGUGUGAAAUCUGUAUGAGGUUUAAAACUCAUACCUAACCCUAAAAAUCCUCAUACAGAUCUCCCACUCAUAUUGUAUAUAUUAUUACUUAAGUGUUGCUUUCUCAUUUCAAACCAAGUGGUUUCUCCCCAUUUCAAAUGAUGUUUUUCCAUUUCCUGUCAAUCUUUCGAGAGAAAUAAUCUUUAAGUUGUGUCCAUGUUCAUAAACAAGUCUUAUGUGCAACUGUUAAUAAACAAAGAAAUGAUACUCUAGGGAAUGACACAUGUUCUGGAAUGAGAAAAAAACACAUUAUGCCUAAACUAAAAAGAUCAUUAAACCCACAUGGUAGGUAGUUAGAUAUGAAAUUUUGCAAUAAAGCAUGCAUAAAUGUGCAUGGUAAUUGCAGAAGAUCAUCGAAAUUAAAUAUUAUACUGAAAUUAGUUAAUAACACAGUUUUCCCUUACUUCUACAAAUUUCCCACUCUAAAUGAAUGUCUAACAUGAAAAUAUAGCAUGUAUGGAUGACUCUUAUUUAUUAAUUAGAAAUUAAAAUAUUGAUAUUAAUUGCACUAUUCAGAAUGAAUAAGACGUUACACUGGAUUAGGAUAAGAGAAUAUACUCUAUUCUAUACUCAGAAAUGAUUAUAGAGUGCACAUACUAAAACCGUGAACAUUAAAUAGUGUACUAAUUAGUACUAUUUCAUACAGAAUCCUUUGUUUUCUWUUGUUUAAUUAUCACUAUUUAGUGCWAAAAAUUAGUAUUUGUUUCACGGAUUUAGUGUGAGCACUCUAACUAACAAAAAGUAGACUUACAGUAUAAAAAGGUUGAAAAAGUAGAAAGUGUUCAGGAAAUAAUUUAAGUGCAACUUGAAGUGUUCAAUACUCACCAUUUGAGUGUCCACUGUAACAAUUUUUUUUACAAAAUAGUAAAAAUUGCAUAAUUUGUUUGCAGUCAUACCAGUCAUUGGUAUAAAGGUGAUGUGUGAAAUAUUCAAUAAUUUUGAGGUAAUUCGAAAUACUAUAGAGCAUACACAAUUUUAGUUAAAAUUAAUUUUAAUCAAUUAAAAUUAAUUAAUUAGUAGCACAUAAUUCUAGUGUUAUCCAGUCAUGUCACAUUUCAAUAAUUAUUAAUGAUUAUAUCACA